CUCCCCCACUCUAUACCACAACCAGAUGGAGCUCCUAUCACCACGAUCCGCGCAGUGAUACAUUAACUCUAUCUCUAUCGCAAGCCACCAAACCAACCUAAACACUCCCAAACAACCCACCAACCAAUCACUUCCACAUCCCCCUCACAACCACAAUGGACCAAAUACACACCCGGGCCCUGGAAGCCCUCCAACCAUUCAUCCACCUCGCCAACUCCAACAGCGCGACCUCCCCCCGCUUCGUCGCCAACAUCAUCACCAACGCGACCUCCAACCCCAACACCUACGUAUUCGCCGAGCUCCUCACGACCCCAACCAUCCAAUCUCUCCGGUCCCCGGAUACUCCCGCCGAAUACGCCGGCUACCUGACUCUACUUGAGAUCUUCGCCUGGGGCACAUGGCAAGACUAUCAAUCAACCCCCAACCUCCCCCCCCUCAACGAAUCCCAAACGCUGAAACUCCGCCUCCUAUCCCUCCUCACCCUCUCCACAACCACCAAACCCCUCACCUACACCUCCCUCAUGACCUCCCUCUCCAUCACCGCCCCCUCGGACCUCGAAUCCCUCGUCACAAAAGCCAUCUACGCCUCGCUGAUCACCGCCCGUCUCUCCCCCGCCUCUAACCCCCCCACCGUAAACGUCACGGCCGUGGCGCCCCUCCGGGACGUAAAGCCCGAAUCGCUGGACAAGAUGAUCCGGAUUUUAACGCAGUGGGAGACGCGGUGCGGGGAUGUCAUCGGGGAUAUUGAGACGGAGAUUAAGCGGAUUAAGACGGAGUCGGCGCGACGGAAGGCGGAGGAACAUGAGCGGAAUGUGUUGUUUGAGAAGGCGUUGAAUGCGUGGGGGAAUGAGAUGGGUGGUGAGGGGGUGAAGAAGGCUGCGGGUGGUGGUGGUGGGGGAUGGCAGGGACGGGAUGUUCGGGGUGGUAGUGGUGGUGGGGUUGGACUCGGAGGUGGGAAUAAGCGGGAGUUCAGUGCGGAUGAAUUCGAUGAUGAUGGAUAUUGGGAGCAUGGGCUUGAUGGGGAUGUACAGGCGUUGGGAUCCAGAAUGGAUAUUGAUGAUGGGGUGGGAUCGUCGAGAUUGGGGGCUGGGACUGGGCCUGGAGCUGCGGCGAGACAUCCCAAGAGGGUCUUGGGGAAGAAGUCGUAAUGACCUGAAGCCAUCAUACCUAGAAGGAGCUGGGGUUUGUCAUAUCAUAUUAUAUCGAAUAGCCUCAUAGCAUUCCUUUUGAGAUGCUAUCUUGUUUACGAAUAUCAGAAACGGCUCGUCUCAUGGAC